AUGGCGGGACGACGAGGGUUUGUUGAGGCCCGUGCAAUAGGCGAUGGUCUACUUUUCGCAGAGUUGUACCUCCAAGGAUCGGGACAAGUCGUCUGA